AUGACAUCUGUCGAAGAGGACGCUGCGAUAGGCGUCGCAUUAGGCGAUGCCACCUCAGCGGGAGAGAUUUUGGCGCUUCGUGACGAGCUCAGUGAGAAAGAGCUCGAGCUCCUUGAAAUGCAGCAGAGCUUCGCGGAACUCGUGGCGAAGCACGAUGAGGUCAAGGCCCAGCUGAAGAAGGCAUCGCGGUUCAAGGAGGACUCGGCGAAUAUCCUGCAGAGUGCGGUCAAGUUCAAGGAGGAGGCGCAGAUAACCGCCAAGAACGCGACGGAGCGCGCCGAUAAGCUGCAAGCUGACCUCAAGUCGACGCGAGAGGCUGCUGCAUCGGCCAAGAAGAUGGCCACGCACUUCAAGGAGAAGUGCGAGGCUGAGCACGAGCGGGCAGCCGCAGCCGAGAGUGCCGCCGCGGCGUUGCGGGUCGAACUUGAGACCUUUCGCAAGUCAUCGACUGCUAAGAUCGCCGAGCUCAAUGAGAAGCUGGAGUCGCGGAGCAAAGAGAGUGAGGAGGUGAUAACGAAGAAGGACCAUGAGCUUCGGUUGCGCGAGAGCGCAGAGGCGGAGGCGAGGCUCUCCGCGGAGUUGGCAAAGGUCAAAGAAACGGCCGAAGACGUCGAGUCAAAGCUCAGGGCUGAACUUUCGCGCACGCGGGAUGACCUUGCGUUGGCGCUGGCCAAAGGGAAGGUGACGCGCGAGAGUGUAGGAGACUCGUCGGGACAGCUCCUCGCUACGGUGCAGAGGAUGACCAGGGAACAACUCGAAGCUGCUCGUGAGGAGGUGAGUAGGGCGUACGAGGUUGCAAAGUCUAGAGAGAAGGAGGCACAAGAUGCUCGGGAGAAAGUUGAAAGUUUGCAGCAGUCGCAUGCGGUGCUCAAGGCGACAAUGGAUCAACUUCGCGAACGCGUAGACGACACAAAACGACACGCAGAGACGAGGACCGAAGCGGCAGCACGACACAAGGCCACAUCGCGCAAUCUUCGUAAGCAGCUAGCUGAAGUUCACGCCGCUUUGGCGGACGCCCAGGCUGAGCUCCGGUUAAGUCGGAGGGGUGAGACGCGAGAUACAAGAGACAGCGGCACUUCUGCCUCUUCCAAUCUCAUCGGAGCUGCAGAAGAAGCGACCUCCGUGCUGUCCGCCGCGCUCAAACAAUGCUUCGAACCUGGAUCCAAUUCUCAACUCGUCAAUCAAUGGAUGGACGUGGGCGUCCGGAAGGACGAAAGAGGUGCAUCAGUGCUUCUUGCGGUGGCGCAUCGUGCGGCUGGGGCGCUGGUGACAGCGACAUCGCGAGCAUCGGAUGCGGAGUACGCGGCAGAACAUGCGAUGCACAGUCUGGAAGAUACGCAGCUGGAGUUAAACGCCGUGCAGGCUGAGCGAGAUGCUGCUCGAGCUGCAGCUUCGGCUUCGGACGAACGAGCAAACCGGAGCAACGAGGAAUUGAGGGAUGUGCUAAAUCGUCUGAGAGAUUCGGACAAGAAAACGCAGAAACUGGACGAGCUCAUAAGGCGGCUGGCGUCACGCAGCUAG